AUGAUGUUAUACUCUUAUUUAUUAUGUAUAUUUGUCUGCAUGCUGAUAGGAUUCUCUUCUGUCAGCAAUGCUCAAGAGAUAUAUCAAUUUUUUAAUCCAGCUUCAAAGUUUUGCUUACAAGGUCUAACCACAACGAUAUCUGAUGUUGAUGCAGUUCUCUGUGGAGGAAGCACUGCAAAUCAGAAAUGGAGAUACACUAUUAAUGGUCAGUUUAUCAAUGUUGCAAGCAACUUGUGUUUAGAUUUCAAUGGUCAAAAUGUCGUAUCUGUUACCUGUAGCCGCUCCAAUCCAAAUCAGUUUUGGAAUAUCAUCACAUCACCAUCUUACCCUGAUAUCUUCCAAAUUGUUAGUAGAUCGACCGGUAAAUGUGCACAAGUUUAUAAUGAUGGAAAGCUUCAUGGAUACAUGCAACCUUGUGGUGCUUUUGAUGAUCUAAAUUUUAGAUACCAAAUGUAUAGAAAAUAUCAAAGUACUUAUCUUUCACCUGUAUUCAAUAGAAAUACUAUUCCAUUGACACAAGGUGCAUUUAUUAUUGGUGAUGGGAGAGCUUUAAGCCCUGGUUUCACCUUGACCAUCAAUGAUUACAGUUUGGUGCUAACGUUUACCGGUCAAUUUGUUUUUGUCUCUCCUGCUGGAACCACUUUGUGGACGUCGGAUGGUGUCACACCACAAUACAGUUCAGUUCCUUACGGUGUAUUUGGUAAUGAUGGAAAUCUUUGUAGCUAUAGACCCGGAUACCCUUCCUAUUGUACCUAUUCACAAGGUCUUGGUGGAAUGUACUUGAAUAUUCUCCCACCAGGUUCAUACAACCGUCCUUGGGGUAUUGUGAUCCAAAACGCAGCAGGAAAGAUGGUGUGGGGUAGAUUUGGUACAAGUACAUCGAUGCCUGGAUUCUACUCAUUGAUCCCAGGUAACUUCCUCGAUUCCCAAUCAACUACAAAUAACCAAAUCGAACCUGGCCAAUUUAUCACAAAUGGUCGUGACUAUCUAACGAUAACAACAACUGGUGACAUCCAAUUUUGGGUUCAAAACCCAAAUUACCCAGGACAAUUAAAAUGGACAAAGUUAAAUAAUAAUGGUACCGGUAGAGUUGAAGGACCGUAUAUAUUGACAAUUCAAAGUGACGGUAAUUUUUGUUCAAAGAAUAAAAGAGGUGAUUUGAUUUGGUGUGGAGCUGAAAAAUCAAUUGAUUAUUCUCGUUACCUCUAUGUUCCACCAAAUGAUGGUUGGGAUGUAAAUUGGGGAUUUAUUACACAUGAUGGAAUAUCCAAUAUGGCUGCAUGGGGUCAAUUUAACGUACCUACACCAUCAUUUACCAAUUAUCUCAAACAAGGAAACACUUGGACGUCUAGCUUGAGCAAUGCCAUCAUCGUAGCCAACACAAAUACCUAUUCGCUCUUGACAACUGUACAGUUUUUCAUCUCUGAUGGAAAGGCUGUCACAUUGGUUCCUGAUUAUUCUUCUUACAGGGAAUAUACAAAAUCGGUUGGUUGGAAUAGUGUAGGUCAGUUUGUAUUCACAGUUACCAACCCAUCUACUGGAUGUGUCAAUACAUACUCGACAGAAAUACCUAGAGGGUUUAUCGAUGCCCAACCAAACUACUUGGUUUCCAUUCCAGGUAUGCCAGAAUUUGUUAUGUUAAACUCCAAUGGUCAAUUAAUUUGGAGUGGUUUACGUGAUGGUUUCACACACUCUUUGUCAAAUACUUGUUGA